CAAUAGGCGUGAGAGAAUGCCAGUGCUAUUACUUUAUGCUUUAAAACCGUUUGCAGUUGGUUAAAAAAACACCAGCAUGUGUGAUUAUGGCCAAUUAGAAGACAUUCCUUUACACCAGGGUGGAAAAACAUCCCACCCUGCUUAGUCUAUAAAAGUUAAGAGGCACAGGAAGACACACCUCUUAGAACUGACAAACACAGGUACAAAGAAGGUCCCUCUCGUGCACAUGCAUGUGUGUUUCCUGGUCGGGAAACAUUCCACAUUUGUUUUCUUUCUGUGAUUAUAAGAGGACUAGUACCUGAGAAUUCAACAAUGGCACAAUCUCACACAAGUUGCACUACAACAAGAGAAGAAGCUACGUCAAACUUGUCAAAUGUAAUUAAGAACAGCAAACUGAUUGUAACAAACCCCAUACAAAUAUACCUGCUGAACACAGUCCAGGAAGAUCUGGAUGAAGAUGGAGAUAUGGUCAGGAGAUACACAUUUGGACAAAAUGACCCUCAAAAAAGGAACAGGACAAUCCUGAUGGUAGGAGAAACAGGAACAGGAAAGUCUUCACUCAUCAAUAUGAUGGUCAACUACAUGCUGGGGGUAAAGUGGGAAGACAAGAUCAGGUUUGAAAUCAUCCCGGUUGAAGGUGAAAGUGACCAAACUGAAUCUCAGACCACUGUGAUUACUGCCUAUGAGAUUUUUGGGCUGGAGGAACUGUCUGUUCCUUUUUCCCUCACAGUCAUUGAUACACCAGGAUAUGGAGACACAAGAGGUCUGGAUAAAGAUAAAAACAUUGCUCAGAAUCUGUACAAAUUAUUGAAAUCUGUAAAUGGUGUUCAACAAAUAGAUGCAGUUUGCCUUGUGGUAAAGGCAUCUGAAAAUCGCCUCAGUCCCAGCCAGAAGUACAUCUUUGAUGCCAUCCUGUCCAUCUUUGGGAAGAACAUGGAGAAAAACCUCCUGACUCUCAUCACCUUCUCAGACUGGAUACCACCUCCAGCUCUUAAUGCAGUUGUUAAGUCUGGCGUACCUUUCCGCAGAGACGAAGAUAAUGAACUUGUUCACUUCCUGUUCAACAACAACCUUUGUCUUCAGAAUUAUCAGAAGAAAUAUGAAAAAUCAUUAAAAUUCAACUGGGAUAGCGGAAUUGAGAGCAUGAGGGAGUUCUUCCAGACUUUGGAUGGAAUGGAAACUCAAAGCUUGAGGAUAACUGAAAAUGUCUUGAGAGAACACCAAAGACUGGAAGCUUGUAUCCAGAGCUUGGAUGAGCAGAUCGAGGUGAGGCACAUGAAGCAGAAGGCACUUGAGGACCAACAGAAAAUUCUGGAAGAGCACAAAAUGGACAUGAGGAAAAAUAACAACUUUACAUAUAAAUACAAUGUAGUCGUCAUUAAGAAGGUCCCAAUUAAGAACAAAGCAACUUGCUGCACCGUGUGUGAGGUAAACUGCCACUAUCCAGGAUGCUGGUGGGUAAAGGACCUACGAUGGUGUUCUGUGAUGGAGGACAACCAAUGUACCGCCUGUCCCGGAAAAUGCAGCUACACGGACCACAAAAAAGGCAAUGAAAUAUAUGAGGCAGUAAAAGAAGAAAAAACUGGAACUUUUGAGGACCUGAAAAAAGAUACUGAAGGCAGAAUACUCUCAGCAAAGGAAGUGAUGUCCAAAAUUCAGCAAGAAGUGAAGGACGGUGAGGCUGAAAUGAGCAAACUGAUCGAGAGGUCUUUCCAGUCCAUUCUCAAGCUUAGACAGCAUGCUCUGAAGUUUAAUUCAGAUUCUACUGUUAAGAGUAUUCUCAGCCUGAUUGAAAUUCUGAAGGAGAACAAAGACAUGGAGAAGGUGGAAAAACUGCAGGAGAUGCUGGAGAUGUGAGGAGAUUAACAGACACGGGGAAGACGUGUGCUAAGUUGCAUGCGCUUCUGCCUUUCAGAGUUGUAUGGUCAGAAUUAUAUGGUUGAGCAAACAAAGUAAACAAAGGUAUAUUCAGUCAGGAUUAUAACUUUACUUAUGUCUACCUCUAGUGGUGGAACCUAUUGUCUCCAUAGAAACUGCUGAAGAGACACUCCCAGGCUCAGCAGAACAAUAUAUGAGGUGUUCUGAGAAGUAAUCACAAUUAAAUCCAGAAAGCAAGUGUUUGACAAGAAGGAAAAUAUGACAGUAUGCUUGAGUGGUAAAAUACUACAACUUGUUUUAGUUUUUUAUAUUGGAUUGGUUUUAAGUUGAUUUUUAUUUACUAACUGGUGUGUUUUAUUAUUUAAAAAAUUGCAUCCAUGAACAGCUUUUUUAGAAGUUGAUUUAGUGUGUAAUGUAGUUUUGGAUUUGUGAAAUACAUGAAGCCCUGUACUCCAUUAACUCCAUAACUUUGUUUACUUUUUUUGAAAUCCAGUUCUCCUCUGUUUAUUGCUUUUAAGGCCAGUUCAGAUCAAAACUAUGAGGGCAGAUCAGACUAGAUUCGUUUUUUAACAUCAUAGAAAGGGUGUGAAGUUAAAUCAAUUUACUGUUUCCAUAGCAACCAGUUAAUUGGUUGACCGAUUCCGUCUCAUCUUCCAAUUCAGGACUCAAGAUUUGACCUGUAAACUUGUAACCUUCAGAGACCUCAAGUGGCCAUCAGCACGAAUUCUAAUAAAAAACUUGUCUAAGGCAAAUUACAUUUAUUCUGAAAACAUCCUGAAACCCUAUUGAUUUUCUGAUCUGAACUGGUUUGUGUAAUGGUCUUUUGUUUUCUAAUGUACUAUGGAGUGCUUAAUGUUUCCCCAGAUCCCAUAAUCCUGAUGUUGCAUGGGUAAUCAAGAAUUGCGUAGGCCCAGAUCCCUAGGUGGAGCUGUGUAUAGAUUACAAAAAACCUUUUGACAUGAACUGCUUUGGUGGGAGGGGGAAAAUAUAUAUGCUCUGCUUUAGCUAGUGAUAAAAACCAUUAUUUUCUCAAUGAAUAUAGUUAUGAAUAUAACCAAUCUUUUACUUAAUCCCUUUUUUUAGCCAUUUACUGUUUAAUUUGCUUACAUAGGACUGUACGUGAUGUAUAUUGCUGAAAUUGUGCAACAUGAGAAUACCUUUCUUCAUAUCUGGACAAUGAAUAACAGGACCAAUGGACCACGGGGAGGUUGAUGCAGCUGAUGUUCUGGAACCAGAAGAAUCAAACUGAAAACAACAGCCAAUGAGGAGUAUCAAAGUGAAUCUAAUUGUAAAAUGUAGAAGUGGAAACAAGGGGUUUGGGUGCCAUCUUGGUCACCCUCCUUUGGUAUAAUCUCACUGAUUCUAUCCUUUCUGAAGCUCUUCCCAUCUUCACUGUAGAUGUAACAUCCCUCUCAUUCUGACUGAUGUUCCAGUUAGAUCAGGGCUCCUACAAGAAGCACUGAACUUCACCUUGUGCUGAAAAUGUCAAAUGCACUAUGGUGUAAUGUUCUGCGUUUUGUGAAACCCAUAAGUUUGUGAAGAUCUAUGCAUGAAAUAAAGGGUUCAGAUAA